AUGAGGCGAAAUCCUGAUAUCUGUCCCUGUCCUAUGUCUGAAUACGGUCCAUCAAUGGCAUCGCAUUGUGGAAGUCAAUUCAUGGUAUUCAUGACUAUUCUGGAAGCGUUUGUGAAUGGACGAUGUGAUUUGGUGGAUCCUUGUAACCGUGUGAAAAGUACGAGUGACCUGGAUGAAGAUUAUGACUUUGUGGUGGUCGGGGGCGGUACUGCUGGAUCAGUUGUCGCUUCGAGGCUUUCAGAAAACCCUCAAUGGAAGAUUCUCUUAAUAGAAGCUGGUGGCGAUGAACCAACUCCAUCAGCAGUGCCAGCAUGGUUUGCAGCCUAUUGGGGAAAACCAGAGACAGAUUGGAAUUAUUAUACCGAAAAGCAAACAAAGGCCUGUCUUUCGACAGGAGGAAAUUGUUAUUGGCCAAGAGGGAAAGUGUUAGGUGGUACAUCAGUCAUCAAUGGGAUGAUGUAUUUACGAGGACAUCCAGCUGAUUACAAUGGUUGGGCAGAUAAUGGUGCAAUAGGCUGGUCUUGGAAAGACGUGUUGCCAUAUUUUCUAAAAAGUGAAGACAACAAGGAGAUACGAAGCGUAGCUUCACCUCAGUAUCACAAUGUUGGUGGACCAUUACCGAUUCAAAGAUUCAGGUAUUGUCCAGAAUUUAUCAAGGAUAUUAUAAAUGCAAGUGGCGAAUUAGGUUAUCCACCGACAAAUGAUUUAAACGGAGAAACGAUUACAGGUUUCACUUUAGCGCAAGCUUUUAACAACUAUGGUUCCCGAAUCAGUACAGCACGUGCAUAUCUAAGACCGGCCUCCAAACGUAGCAACCUGGUUGUUCUUCUUAAGGCUCAUGUGUCAAGAAUUAUUUUUGAUCCUGACAGAAGUAAAGUUACCGGAGUGGAGUACAUACAGAAUGGGAAUAAACUCAAUGUUGGUGUUAAAAAGGAGGUUAUCCUCUCAGCCGGAACAAUAAACUCUCCACAAAUUUUACUGCUAUCUGGCAUAGGAUCAAAGGCCACUCUCAGGAAAUUUGGCAUACCUACAAUACAAGAUUUGCCCGGAGUGGGGAACAAUUUGCAAAACCAUGUUGGUUUGUCUCUUCACUUUACCCUAACGAAGGAACCAGAUAUUCCAGAGUUAUCUUGGGUAUCUGCUAUGGAGUACGUCAAGUAUAGACGAGGGCCUCUAUCUGCUACUGGGCUGUCACAGGGCGUGGGAAUAAUAAAUUCCCCGUUAGCACCUCAACACGGCAAUCAUCCUGAUGUUCAAUACUUCUUCUAUGGAUACCAAGCAGGUUGCAGCAAUGGUGCUAUAGUUAACUUUAGAAGAGUUAAAGCCAAGAGACAAAUAAUAAUAUCGCCAAUAGCUCUACAACCUCGAAGUCGUGGUUUCCUAACACUUAGCUCUACGGAUCCAUUUGAUCCUCCUAUUAUGCAGCCUAACUACUUUGACGAUGAACAUGAACUCAACGUGCUGGUUGAAGCUUCGAAGAUCGCAUAUCAGCUAGCCAAUACCACGUCUCUACGAAAAAAGUACGGUAUAAUACCUACAAAAGGGUAUGCUGCAGAGUGUGGUGACAGUCAGCAGCCCACAAAUGACUUCUUUAGAUGUGUAGCACAACGGUACACGGAACCAGAAAACCAUCAAAUAGGGACCUGUAAGAUUGGAACUAAUGAUGAUCGAUUGGCAGUUGUUGAUCAAGAACUAAAAGUUUAUGGAAUUGAAGGUUUGCGGGUUGUAGACGCAUCAGUAAUGCCAACAUUGCCAACCAGUAAUACACAGGCGGCUGUCGUGAUGAUAGCAGAAAGAGGAGCUGAAUUCGUCAGUAAUACCUAUCAUUAA